UGUUCGGCAUUAAAUGACCGUACCAUCUCCAAUGUUGAUGCUCCCGCGUCCCUUCUCCUUUUCACUUUUGGAUUUCGAAGGACGCACAGAAGAAAUCCACUGAGGGAUUAGAGCGCUGUCAAUUUUGUAUCUGUCUUGGUGGAAGCCCCAUUUCAAACACGUUCGACAUUGCUGCUAAAACAACAAUGACAACCCACCACUCUCAGCCUUAUUUGGCUCGCCUUGAGACGGCUGCCGCAGUUAUACCACGUGGGGCAAUGCUAUUUACAUCUGGCCUGUUGCCCUUGUUUGGUGAUGACGCUGCCUGGCGAUUCUAUGUGCUAACGAUGUUCAUAUUUACCGUAUCAUUAAUAACAUUUGUCUGGUUGAAUAUGCAGUCAAUCAAAAACAUGGUCUUGUGCUCUCUAGCUUUGGUCAUAUUAGCGAUCCUCCUGUACUUUCCAUUCCCAGGGAUUUCUGCGGAUUUUGUCUUCAGCAAGAUCCCAAUGUUUCUUAUGCUUUCGAGCCUGGGUGGUGCAGAAUUUGGACGGCUACGUGGAAGCAUACAGAUGGAUUCCGAGGAAUGCUACGGGAAGUCCUGUGUAUCAGCUGGACCUGUUUCGAUUCCCCAGUCCCUUUCAGCCAGCUUCCUUGAAACAUUAUCCGACAUUGACUCGGUAGCCAAAGACCUUUUUCUUACUGGGAUACGAGGUCCUAGCUCGCAAUUCUCGGCCAGCCAGCAUUCGUCUGAUAUCGAGUUGUCAGUUGUGGGGAGACCAAGUCCUGGUCUGAUCUGGGACCCUUCAAUUCGCCACUUUUUCAUACGAGAAAAAUCAACAACGGCAGCCGAAAAUUCAUCCAUUGAACAAUCUCCAAGAUCUUUGAGUCUAUAAGAUUCCAUGACUGGGCUUGUCUUAAAUUUCUUCUGCUUUGUAAUCCUUUCCUUUUGGCGUUUGAAAACUUGGAGCACGACUAUGUCACGUAAUAGAACGCCACAUACUGUCGAUAAUCUGACUGCCGGUCUAAAGCGGUGCAUAUACUAAAAAGUGUUAAGACCCAUCAUUUCAACCAGUGCUACAGCUGAAGAAUCUGUUGACAACAGCACUAACUGCGUUUUGAUACGGCG